CAUGCGUGGACCGAUCGGGUGAUACAGCAAGAUGGUGUCUGACGGAGAAGGCCUAAACGCAGGCAUUAUAUUUCUGUAUUCUUACAUAUCUGUUGUUUAAUAGAGUACACACGGUUAAUAAUUGUUUGUAGCCGGAUACAUUAGUCUGAGUGCACUAUGACACUUCUCCUGUUUGCAAGCUUUAUUUAAGAUAGCUUGCAGCUAGUUUAGCUGGCUAGUUAGCUUAGCUUGUUAGCUGCUAACAAAGAGUCGCGGAAGUUAUUUAAACAUCGCUAAGUAGGAAACUAAUGUGAGUGUAAAGUGUUGUGAUUGUGUGAAAUGUGUGAAAGAACGAUGGCAGAGUAUGAGGAGGAACUUUGUCCAACAAAAGAGGCGAACGAGCGACAACAUCAACUGCUGGAUGUUUAUUAUAAGAAACAUCAUCAAGUUGUGUUACACAGACCAGAUGUCUGUGAAGAACAACUUCUGCCUGAAAAACAGGAGUGUAGCUUCAGGAUGGUGAAGGAGGAUCAAUCAAAGAGGAAGACCAGGUACCAUGGACCCCCUGGGGUCUCCUUUACCUCUUUGACAAAGACCCUUCCCUGUAAAAAGGAAGAGGAAGACUCACUGGCGCCCCACAUUAAAGAGGAAGAGGAGGAACAUAGCAUCAGUCAGAAGGGAGAUCAUAUUGAAGGACUGGUGGAGUUCCCAGUGACUGGUGUCCCCGUGAAGAGUGAAGAUGAUGAGGUCAAAUGUGAAAGUGAGGAGAAGAGAGAGGCGGAGCCUCCAAGCAGCAGCUCAACACAACACAUGACAACAGAAGCUGAUGGAGACCACUGUGGAGGAUCACAAGCAGACAAGCUCUUAGCUCCACUAUCAGAUAGUGAGGACACAACGUCACACUCUCCUGACACUGAUGAUGAAGACUCUAAAGAUGAUAAGACAUGUCACACUGACAACACUCACUUGAAAUGUUCUCACUGUGACCAAACAUUUAAAAACCAUAGUCAUCUGAAAAGACACAUGAGAACACACACUGGAGAAAAACCUUUUUCUUGUACAAUCUGUGGCUUAUCUUUUACAAGGAAGGAUAAUUUGAAAGAUCACACAAGAACACACAAAGGAGAAAAACCUUUUUCGUGUUCUUUGUGUGAUUCAAGGUAUGCACGAAGUCGAGAUUUGAAAAAACACCUGAAAAGACACACUGGGGGAAACCUUUUUAAGUGUUCUGUGUGUAAUUCAAGUUUUGUCCAAGGUGAACAUUUGAAAAGACACAUGAGAACACACACAGGAGAAAAGCCUUUUUCCUGUUCACUUUGUAGUAAAGGUUUUGCACAAAGUCACAAUUUGAAAGUACACAUGAGAACACACACUGGUGAAAAACCUUUUUCCUGUUCAACCUGUGGUAAAGGUUUUACACACAGUCAGAGUUUGAAAGAACACAUGACAAUACACAGUGGAGAGAAACCUUUUUCCUGUUCAAUUUGUGGUGAAGAUUUUGUACGGCGACAGUCUGUAAAAGUACACAUGAGAACGCACACUGGUGAAAAACCUUUUUCUUGUUCAAUCUGUGGUAAAAGUUUUACAGAAAGUCGUUGUAUGGAAAGACAUACAAGAUCGCACACUGGUGAAAAAGCUUUUUCCUGUUCAAUCUGUGGUAAAGGUUUUACAGAAAGUCAAUAUUUGAAAGUACACAAGAAAACACACACUGGUGAAAAACCUUUUUCCUGUUCUAUCUGUGGUAAAGGUUUUACAGAAAGUCAGAAUGUGAAAAGACACAUGAGAACACACACUGGUGAAAAAUCACAUUCCUGUUCAAUCUGCAACAAAAGCUUUUGUGAACGAUCAUACCUUGUAGCACACAUGAGAAGACACACAGGAGAGAAUGUGUUGAGUUGCAGUGUGUGUGGUGAAAGAUUCUCUUCUAAGUACCAGUGUAAGAAACACAAGUGUGCUGGUGAGAACAGCAGCAGCAAAUGAAACUGCAAGAUUUGAAAAAACUGUCAAGACUUUAAUUUUGACUUUCUAGCAACAUCAGCACAUAUGACAUGUGUGACAUUGUUGUUUGUGUAACAAUCUUUUUAAUAUGCUUCUACGUUUAUAGAUUAGAUAUUUUGUAUUAGUGCUUUUUUCAGUCAAGUACAUGCAUUAAUAUGCAACCUUGUGUACUUUUAUUAAACAUUGAACAGAACAAUUUGACUGAAAAGGUGAGAGUAAAAGAAUGGCCGUGCGCGACCCGAGGGUCCCUGGUUCAAUCCCCACCUAGUACCAACCUCGUCAUGUCCGUUGUGUCCUGAGCAAGACACUUCACCCUUGCUCCUGAUGGGUGCUGGUUAGCGCCUUGCAUGGCAGCUCCCUCCAUCAGUGUGUGAAUGUGUGUGUGAAUGGGUAAAUGUGGAAGUAGUGUCAAAGCGCUUUGAGUACCUUGAAGGUAGAAAAGCGCUAUACAAGUACAACCCAUUUAUCAUUUAUCAUUUAUAAACAGUACAAGACAUAUUUUACAUACAAUAAAAAAAUGUGUGUGUAUAUAUAUUCACCAUACAAUUUUAGACAUUCAUAAUAGUGUUUUUUUAUAGGUGCUUGAAAUAUUGAAGUGUGACAUAUUUUUAUUUCUAAUUGUUAAUGAUCCCGUAGACUAGCACCUUUAUAUGAUAUACAUAUGUACUGGUUCACAUCUGAAACAUCUUCUGGACCACUUCAGGAAGCAUAUUAUUAUUUACUUUAUACAUCAUUUGAACAGUUGUCUUUUAUACAAUUUUAAAAUGUGUGACUUUAUGAAUCAUUUGUUGGGUCUCUAUGCCAUUUUAUCAAUUAUCUUUAUUACUGUCUUUUGUAAUAUGAUGAUUGUGUUGUGAUUGUUUUAUAUAUAUGUCCCCAGACCUUUAUGCAAUAUAAAAGUGAGAGAA